AUGGAGAUGUGGCUCGGCAAACACCUAAGGCCGCUUGACCGGACCCUCUGCUAGCGCGGCCUUAGGGCUUUCUCCUGACGGCACUAUUUCUUCGAUCCUCGGAGAAAACUGACUGAGGAGGAGCCCGGAAGGCCCUGAGAGUUCAUAUAAACCUAGUCAGUAAAAUGGCAUCCUGGUUCUAUGAGUGUCUCUGUGAAGCUGAGCUUGCACAGUAUUAUCCUCAUUUUACUGCGCUUGGCCUUCAAAAAAUAGAUGAAUUAGCCAAGGUUACAAUGAAGGACUACUCCAGAUUGGGAGUCCAUGAUAUGAAUGACCGAAAACGUCUUUUCCAACUUAUCAAAAUCAUUAAGAUUAUGCAGGAGGAAGAUAAAGCCCUCAGUAGCCCAGAGCAUCCUCUUCAGGCAAGCAGCCUGUACUCCAAGCCUUGGGAGUUCAGAUCUGGGCCCCGAAGACAACUACGUUUUGAUUCUCCUUCUGACAGCAAAGACAAAAUGGCCAGGAAUGAAAUGGGUAGUGUAUCAGACUUGUCUGUGGAUGAGCAGGGGUCCACUUACCUGAAAGUGCUGGAGCACAUGCCACCAGAUGAGUCCCAGUACCAGACAAAGACAAGAGCCCCCGAUGCCUCUGCCGCUGAUGCGUAUAUGCAAACAGAGGCCAGCACUCCGCUCUUUUCAUCAGAUCACUUUUCUCCAAAACUGGGAAACUGCGAUAUUCCCAUCAUUCAAAGAGUCUCUCAUGUUUCAGGAUAUAACUAUGGAAUCCCUCAUUCUUGUGUCAGACAGAUCACCUCAGAGAAUCCUUGGACUGAAAUGGAGAAAAUCAGAGUCUGUGUUCGAAAACGACCUUUAGGCGUAAGGGAAGUACGUCGUGGAGAAGUUAAUAUUAUUACUGUAGAAGAUAAAGAAACUCUACUUGUACAUGAGAAAAAAGAAGCAGUUGACCUUACACAAUAUAUUCUUCAGCAUGUUUUUUAUUUUGAUGAAGUCUUUGGUGAGGCAUGCAGCAAUCAAGAUGUAUACCUGAAGACAGCUCACCCCCUCAUUCAGCAUAUCUUCAAUGGAGGCAAUGCCACCUGCUUUGCAUAUGGACAGACAGGUGCGGGGAAAACCUAUACCAUGAUAGGAACUCAUCAAAACCCAGGAUUGUAUGCUCUGGCUGCCAAAGAUAUCUUCAGGCAGCUGAAAGUAUCCCAGCCAAGAAGGAAUCUCUUUGUGUGGAUCAGCUUCUAUGAGAUCUACUGUGGACAACUCUAUGACCUCCUAAAUAGAAGAAAACGGCUCUUCGCAAGAGAAGAUAGCAAGCAUGUGGUGCAGAUAGCUGGCCUUCGAGAGCUCCAAGUGGACAGUGUGGAACUUCUCCUACAGGUGAUCUUAAAGGGCAGCAAGGAGCGUAGCACGGGGGCCACUGGCGUCAACACAGACUCCUCCCGCUCCCAUGCUAUCAUCCAAAUUCAGAUCAAAGAUUCAGCCAAGAGGACAUUUGGCAGGAUCUCUUUCAUUGACUUGGCUGGAAGUGAGAGAGCAGCAGAUGCCAGGGACUCAGACAGACAGACAAAGAUGGAAGGUGCGGAGAUCAACCAGAGUCUUCUGGCUCUGAAAGAAUGUAUCCGAGCACUGGACCAGGAACACACCCACACGCCUUUCAGGCAGAGCAAACUGACUCAGGUCCUGAAGGACUCUUUCAUUGGCAAUGCCAAAACUUGCAUGAUCGCCAACAUCUCCCCAAGCCACAUAGCCACAGAGCAUACAUUGAACACCUUGCGCUAUGCUGACCGGGUGAAGGAACUAAAGAAAGGUGUUAAGUGUUGUGCUUCAGCUGCCAGUCGGAAUCAGAUGUCUGCAAACUCCUCUCCAAAACGAAUUCAGAGCUCCCCUGUCACCCUGCCCGGGGACAAGUGCUCCCCCAAAAAAGUUAAGCUGGGACUUCAGCAGUCACUUACUGUGGCCCCAGGCCCCACAAGAGUUAAAAUCCACCCUUUGGCCAGCCAUGCUCCCAACAUCCCCUUUGCCGCUGGACCUAAGACCCCUGGUAAAAAGAGUAGUUCCCGAGGGAGUCCCACUCCAGAGUGGGACAUGAAGGCUAGCCCUUGCAAAGGAACCAUGAGAUCUGCCCAUUUGCUCAAAAAGGGAGCAGAGUCAGCAUCAUUGUGCUCUGAGAAAAGUCAGAUUGGCAGCAAGAUUGCUGUUGAGUGGGAGAGCAGGGCCUCAGGCCCAAGAGAAGGUCUGCUGCAUGCCAGGCUGCCCACAAGAGGGAAGAAGGUGCAGCCAGUACAGCCAGUGCAGAAGCAGCUACUGUCCCGAGCUCGGCUCCUUGGUAACAGCCACCACUUAGAAGCCACUCAGGAUAGCAAGGUGGGCACACCUGCCGGGCUUACCCCUGAAGUUUGGACAAACCCCAUUCUGCAGCAGAAGGAAAGGGAGGAACAUUUGCGAUUUUACCACCAGCAGUUCCAGCAGCCACCUCUCCUCAAGCAGAAGCUAAAAUACCAACCACUGCAGAAGCUUUUAUGUCAGCACAGGCCCUCAGAAGGUCGGCUCCAGAAUGAGACUGUCUUUCCCCUCCAUUCUAAUCCUGAGAACCAUGAUGGAGCCCAGGCUGAGGACCUUGAUGACAGUGAUUUCAGUGAGGAUUCUUUCUCACAUGUCUCUAAUCAGCCGACCAUAAAACAGAGGAGCACCCUAGAAAGGACUGAAAGCUCCUUCUUCCUUCAUCAAGACAGGGAUCACAACCCUGAGGAACAGGCAACAGAAAGGCAGCAAUGUUUGCUUUUCAGCUCUGAGAUGGAUGGUAGUAAGAAGGGGCCAGCUGACAGCUGGGUGUAUUCCAUCAGCAGCCACAGAAAAGGAGCAUUCAGUCAAAGCCACAGCCCAAGUGUGGUAUGCUCAGACUGGAGCAAGGAGGAAGACUCUGCCUCCUCAGGACCUUCUCCUAAGGACAACCGAGCCCAGAAACCUUCCUCUUCACAGGUAGAUUUUGUGCAUCACCAAAAAACAGGUGAAGCUCAAGCCUUUGACAUCAGACUGGAGGCCUUCAGCAGCAAAGUUCCUGAGCAGGCUGAGGGCAGCUUGUCAUCCCUAUCCCCAGAAAAUGGGCUGUCUUUUCCACUAUCCCAUAUGGCUGUUUCUGGGUCCCCAGACCAAAGAGACAGAGUCUCGACACCAUUAAGAGAAGUCAGUGGAAACAGAGUGACUCAGGCUCCAGGAACAGUGAACAGCGGUAUUCCUUUCCAAGAAGACUCUAGAGAGCAGAUACAUAUGUGUUCUGCCAAUGCUUCUGGACUCAUGGCUCCUCUCACUAUGUCCCUCCUGGAGACCCCCAAUCAUGAGAACCUUUCUUCCUUGGAGCAAAUUGCCCAGGAUGGAGCUGGUUAUGGUUUCAUGGCUGAGAUCAUUGGAGGGCCAGCAGCAGGACACACAGUAUCAUCUUACAAUCAAGAGGCUGCCUUGCCAGUGUCUUCAGCAACUGAGUGCCUAUGGCUGUCUUCAUCUCCCCCUGACAAUCGGCCUAGUGGUGAUCUUCCAGCUCUUUCCCCGUCACCCAUCCAUCAGCAUUCACCUGACAAAUUGCCCAAUAGGGAGGCCUCCCAGAACAGAAGGCUAACACUUUUGCCCCAGAAUUAUGUGGGUGGUGAGCCAUAUGAUGACAAUGCUGAAGACAUUGAACUGAGGGGUUCCUUGACAUUACUGAGAAAGCCCUCCUCCAACAUACAUGCUGGAGUACCCUAUUCUACGCCUUCCCUCACCUCAUGUACAGGAAGUAGUGAUGGAGUUGGCCAUCCCUGGGCCCAGAAGAGAAAACAUCCUACAGGGGUUAGUUGUCAGGAGCUUGUUCCCUCCACAGAUUCCAACAAGCCUCAUUACAAUGAGGACAUCUCAUGGCUCAGGCGCAGGCCAAUCUCAAGGUGCUUAGAUUCAGACUCUCCUGUGGUCCCCAGCUGUUCUCCCAAGGCCUUGGGGACACACUGUCCACUUACACCGGAGCAGGCACAGCAGGUAAUCCUCCGUGCACACCAAGAACAGCUGGAUGAAAUGGCUGAGCUGGACUUCAAGGAGGAGACCCUAAUGACCCAGAUGGACUCUAAUGAUUUUAAAGAUUUUGUGACCCAGCUGGAUGAAAUCAUGGCUUUGAAGUCCAAGUGCAUCCAAAGUCUGAGAAGCCAGCUACAGCUCUACCUCACCAUCCACAGGCCAGCUGCAGCCCCCGAGAGAACUGUGGUAUCUUAAGAAGAAGGGCUCACCCUGGGUGGACACUGCUGUGCUUCCUGAGGGUGGAAGAGGCUCUGCUAGGGCCUUCCUGCAAACAACCACUCCAUGUCCUGCCCCUAGUGUCACCCUAGCCAACAUUGCCUUGGAUAUCCCCACUACUCAGGGACAGACCUCAUCUUAUCUCAGUUUCAACUACAAGGUCACCUGUAACAAAGUACUGGGCUGGAAACCCUCAUGACCCCUUUUAUUUUGGGGCUCAGAGUAGUCACUUUGCCAGCCUGUAUCUGUAGGAACAUACUUUGUGGAUGUUCCUAAAUUUGAGGAUGAGACCAGGGUGUUUAAUGUUAACUUGGACAUCAGAGGUUAGGGAGCACAAGCUGAGCCAACAGCCUUACUGCUGACAGUGCCUUUCUGUCAGCCAGGCAGUCAGGUGAACUCCUUCCCAGCAGAGUAGAGAUUUAGUUUUGGAAAUUAUAAAAUGAACAACUCUUGAUUUCUUUCUUUCCUUCCUUUCUUUCUGAGACAGGAUUUCUCUAUGUAGUCCUGGCUGUCCUGGCACUCACUCUGUAGACCAGGCUGGCCUUGAACUCAGAAAUCCACCUGCCUCUGCCUCCCAAGUGCUGGGAUUAAAGGCGUGUGCCACCACCGCCCCGGCUCUUGAUAUCUUUCUUAACAGCAGCUGAGGUCUGGGUAUGCUUUAUGUUUACAGUUUCCUUCCCUGCAAUCAGCUUUGAGGGUGCCGACAGCAGCACGUUUUUCUCAUUAAUUUUUUUGUUAAAACAGCAGGGCCAUGGACAGUGGCUACUAGCCCUCAUAGUUCUUGUGGCAGAUUUUAGCUCCCAUCUGACUCAUUCCCAGUGCCUCUGAUUAGACAGGCUGGAGGAUCUCAGUAAGUCCAUUGCCUAGGCUUGAAUCUUCCAGGGUACCCAGCCCAGCAACACUCAAGGGCCUUUGCUAUGGGUGUCUUGGGACUGAGUCUACAGUCAACAGUCCGAACCUUCCGACACAGCAGCAGCACACUCUUCAAAUGAGUUCUUGCUGUGUCACUGUGGAGAAGGGGGUCAGAUACUAUCAGGUACCCUCAGUCAUUCUCUACCUUAUUUUUGAAAAGUCUCUCACUGUUGAUCUACACAAACUGAUCAGCUAACAAGUCCCACUCACAGACCACUGCUCCAGGCUUUCUUUUGAGAUGGGGUCUCUCUAUACAGUCCUGGAGUUCUCUACGUAGAGCAACUCACAGAGAUCCUCCUGCCUCCCAAGUGCUAGGAUUAAAGAUGUAGUGUACACCAUUA